AUGGGUGUACUGUAUACAGAAGCACUGGCUGAGCUUAGCUUUGGCUCUGUGUUUGCUCUUUUAGGCAUUUCUCUGGUUCCAUAUCUCUACUACCUCAGCAAAGGCGAUUGGGUCUUCCACCUCGCAAAGCUGCAUGAACGAUAUGGGCCAGCUGUCAGAUUCACGCCUAAAGAUGUCUCCUUCAUCACUGCGGAAGCUUCUAAGAAGAUCUACGGCCACAAAGCAGCAGGCCAAAAGUCAUUUGAGAAAGACUUUCGUAUGUAUCGUCAAAACCGCCCUUGCUCAAGCAUCGUUCGUUCCGACCAGGAAGACCACAGACGUAUGCGCCGCCUACUCGCGCAUGCCUUUUCGUCAAAGGCACUUCGCGGUCAAGGCGAUGUUGUGGAUCACUACGUCGAAAUGUUCAUGAAAGGCCUCACGGAGCGGGCACAGCGAGGAGAGGAAAUCGACAUUGUAGCUUGGUACAACUUUGCCUCGUUCGAUCUCAUUGCCCAUCUCGCCCUUGGUCAGCCAUUCGGAUGUCUUGAGAAUGGAAAGUAUCAUCCCUGGGUCAGCAGAGUCUUCAAGGGCCUCAAGGUUCUUUCCUAUACUCAGAUCUACGUGCGCCUUGGACUUCAGAAUUGGAUUUCUUGGCUGAGUCCACCAAGCUUGAGGAAGAGCUAUGAAGAGCACAUGCAGUUUGCAGAGCAUGCGGCUCUUGCCCGCAUUGAGUCCAAUGAUACAGAGAGCCAAGACUUUAUGUCAUAUGUCCUUCGUCAUAACGAUGAGAAGGGCAUGUCGCAGCUUGAGAUCAUCGAGAACUCGGGCGUGAUGAUUAUCGCUGGUAGCGAGACAACAGCUACCCUUCUCAGUGGAACCACCUAUUUCCUUCUCAAGAAUCCUGACAAGCUUGAGAAGUUGACUAAUGAGAUACGUUCUGCCUUCAGCUCUGAGGAAGAGAUCACAGUUACUCAGGUUGAUCAACUGAAGUAUAUGUUGGCCGUCUUCAACGAGGGCUUUCGCAUGUACCCGCCAGUGGCUAUUGGACUUUCAAGACUUUCCCCAACCGGUGGCGAGUUCAUCGAUGGCUACUGGAUUCCUGAAAACACUGCGGUUUCGAUGCCUCAUUGGCCUGCAUAUUACUCAGAGCUGAACUUCAGAGACCCCAAGAAGUUUGUUCCAGAACGCUGGCUGGAUGACCCUCGAUAUGCGAGUGACAACCGGGCUAUCUUAUCGCCAUUCUCCCUAGGACCUCGUGAUUGCAUUGGCAAGAAUCUGGCGUAUACCGAGAUGCGACUCUUGUUGGCUCGUAUGCUCUGGAAGUUUGACCUCGAGGCUGUACCGACUGAAAAGAACUGGUACGAUCAGAAGAUCUUCUUCCUAUGGGAGAAGGGCGCACUGCCUAUCAAACUCAAAGAGGUUGUUCGCGAGAAAGUGUGA